UGCAGUCCUGACUUUAGCUUACUUUCCUUCCCUCUCUUCACUCAGCCAGCCGCAACGCCAGCGUAGUGUAGAUCUCUCUGUCUCUCUCUCGAUGGCAAGGAUCGCAGCAGAGCUCGCUAGGCGAUGACUGAACCAGCGAGCCGGAGCUGUUUGCUAGCAAAAAGCUCGGCCGUGGUUUCUUCUUUAGCUUCAGGAAUCAAGUCAGACCGCCUCCGGUGGCGACGUCGCCGCCGCCGGCCCCAUCAUCCCUUAUUUGUGUCAGCCGAGUGCAGUGCAGACAGAGGAAAGCGAAGUAUCCCCGUCACUCCCUUGCUCCGGUGGAAGUUCGACGAAGAAGGAUCACGCGGCGGCGAGUCGCAGCCCGAUCCAAGCGGCGAAACCCUCAAAAAGCAGAGGAAACCGGUCGGCGGAACGCGGACGGCGGUUUCAGCCAGGAGGCUCGCUGCCGGAAUUUGGCAUCUUCGGCUCCCGAAAGUUGUUGGUGGAGAGGAAACGAAUUUGGAUUUGGAGAUCAAUGGCGGUCAGCUUCACUCCGCUUAUGUCUCCAGUGGCAAUUGCUUUAAUCUCCAUCGCGAUACUCAUGAAGAUUUCAUUAGCGUUUGUGCUAUUAAAAAUCACAGGAAUGGCACAUCACACAAGCUUGAAGCUUCUGCUUCAUUGCUCCCUUCGUCAACAGAGAGGGCGACAGAAAGGAACCUUCGCAAUCCAAAGGUAUCUAAAGAUACAUUUGACUUGUAUGAUAAUCUCAAGCUUCUUGAAGACCAGAAAACCAACAAGUUCUCUAUUGUUUCUGCUCUGAGAUUAGAGCUUGAACGGGCAUGGUCCAAAAUCAGAGAGCUUGAGGUGGAACGGCAAUCUGCUAAGAAAGAGCUUGAUCACUACGUGAGGAAAGUUGAAGAAAAGGCUGCAUGGAGGAGAAGAGAGCAUGAAAAGAUCCGGUCAGUAAUUGAUGCAAUGAAAGAAGAUUUGAAAAGAGAGAGGAAGUACGUUCAAAGUUUAGAAGUUAUGAAUGCCAAGCUUGGUAAUGAGCUUACUGAGGCUAAGUUAUCUGCAAAGCAGUCCUUGCAGGAGUUUGAGAAGGAGAGGAAAGCCCGUGAGCUUCUGGAAGAAGUCUGCCAUGAGCUGGCUAAGGAGAUUGGGGAUGAUAAGGCUGAGGUUGAAGCACUGAAGAUAGAGUCGGUGAAGACCAGAGAAGAAGUGGAAGAGGAGAGAAAGAUGCUACAGAUGGCUGAGGUAUGGCGGGAAGAAAGAGUACAGAUGAAGUUAAUUGAUGCUAAACUGGCUCUUGAGGAGAAAUAUUCAGAACUUAGCAAGUUGCAGGAGGAAAUAGAAGCCUUUCUAAGCUUAGCAAGUUCUAACAAUUAUGGUUCUUGUUAUUCUAAGAAAGCAAAAGCUCUUAAAGAGGCUGUUGGAUCAGUCAUAGCUCAUGAUAUGAAAGAAUUCACAUACCAGCCUCCGACUGCUUCUGAUGGCAUUUUUGCCAUCUUUGAAGAACUCCAGCCAAGAGAGCAGAGCAAUUUAAAAGAGACUAAACAAUGUCAUGGAUCUGUGACACCUGAGGUGAAUGGAUUAUCUGAAAAUACCAUGAAAAGGUACGACAACAUGAUGUUUUAUGGAAAUUGCGAUGCAGACGAAGAUGAUAGCGGGUGGGAAACUGCUAGUCAUGUUGAAGAAGAGGACUCCUGCAGGUCACCUAAAGGAAGUGAACCCUCUGUUAGUGGAGUGCGUGAAGACAGUCAGGCAUCAGUUAGCAGAGCAAAUUGUGAUAAUCAUAUAGAUGAUGGGAAACAAAUUAGUGAAAUCAGUGAGGUUUGUUCUGCGGCAACAAGGGAUUUGAGAAAGAAAGGUUCUUCGCUAUUCAGGCUUUGGAAGUCAACACGUGGAAGUAAUGCUGAGGAUUUCAAGAGGAUCUCUUUUGAGUUAAGCAGUGGGAGGCUCUGGAAUGGUAGGUCCUUCAAUGCCACCCUAUCAUCUGCAAGGAAGUCUGCAGAAAAAGGUUUCAGCUCACCUUGUGUGGGUAAUUGGAGUUCCCCUGAUUUAAUGAACCAUCAUAUCACCAGUGGGAUUGAAGGCCAUGUUGAAUGGCCACAGCUGACAAAGAAGCAAAGUUUGAAGGCGAAACUCAUGGAGGCAAGGAUUCAAAGUCAGAAGAUUCAGCUUCGUCAAGUUCUCAAACAAAAGAUUUGAGAUUUUUGUGGUGCUGUAGACGGAACUGAACCACAGAUUCAAAUACAUAGACUUCCUUGGCUCUGAUAUUACUUUGAACUGAUGAAUUUAUUCCGUUUAUCAUCCAUACUGUUAUUAUUCAAUACUUGCUGUGGCUAGAUGGGUCAUGCUCUAUAAGAGAUAAGUUGCUUCGAGAGUAGAUCGUUACCAUGUAUUUUUGCAUGCUAAGCGUUCUCGCAUGGUUAUGAAUAUAUGUGUAGUUGUAAUUUUUCUGAUUCAGUGUAUAAAUGGUUUCAUUUUAGAAAUAAGCGGUGCAGUGAUGAUUUUUACUAAAUUCAGGUGAAGUGUAAUAACAUGCAUUUUUUAACUAUUGGAAUUGCAGGCUUUAUUG